AUGACUGCCAUAGCGGUAAACGGCUCAGAGCCACAGGCGAUGCACACAGACGACACAAUACUACUGAGUCCCGGUGCGAACGCACGUGGCAAGCUGAAGCAAAGACGCUCACGAAAGGCUUGUCAGCAUUGCCACACACGCAAGAUACGCUGCAACGUGCUGGAGAACGGGACGCCGUGUUCGAAUUGUGUGGACGCGGGAACAACAUGCAUAAUCCGCCGACGAAAGAACCAAAGACGCGAGUCUACGCCACCAGAUCAGAACGGGCACCACGCUGUGAUAGACCAGUCACAUAGCUGGAGGUUACCUACACCAUCGGGGUGGCCCGACAACACUGCUCAGAGGCCUUCAUUACCACCAAGAGCUCCUAGCCAAAGCAGCGCACCAUACACCGCGCAGAAUGGCACGAGCAUCGAGAACGGCUCGCAAAGCUCCGCCUCGCCAGAUACUGGGCAAUUAUGGACUGUCGACACUGGUGCAGGUCUCGCAUGGGACCAGAAUGCCCUGGUGGAUGCAUCUUCUGCGAGCUGUGAUUUCUCGCAUCUGACGGAUCUGGAUGACAUAUUUACCUUCACAGGGAACACCUUGCUUCCUCCUAUACCGCAGCAGCAUGACUAUGCAGCAUGGCACCAGCCCUUGACACAGCAGAAUCUGAGCCCGCCUCCCAUUCUACCAAGCCCUGGGGUCAAUGUAGUGAACGGAGCCGGCAAUGUAGGACCGCGCAGGGCCUCGUUUGUGCCUACGUCUGUACACAUACCUGGGCUCAAUCCUCGGGACCACGAGUAUCUCCGGGGCGAGGGCUGCUUCGACUUGCCGCCCGCGACGGUCUUGCGGCAAAUGAUGCACAUGUACUUUCGGAUGAACCAUCCCAACCUACCUAUUGUUGCGGAGGAUCAAUUCUGGGCUUUGUGGAGUGGCGAUGAGUACAGGGUCGGCGAGUAUUCCUACCUGCUAUUACGGGCGAUGAUCUUCGCCGCCACAAGUUACACGGAGCCAGAGGUGCUAUCCACCAUCGGAUUUGUUAGCAAGCGCGAGGCACGUAAUACUCAUUAUCGUCAAGCAAAGCUGCUUUUCGAUUUCGGCAUCGAACGUGACCCUGUCUGCAGUGCACAGGCAUGUCUGCUUCUCUCGUACAACGCGCCGAACUACAACAUCAUGCGGUUGAACACGUACUGGGUUACCAAUGCGAUGCGAUUUGCCAGGAUUGCAAGAGCGGACUUCUAUGACAAGAUUCGAGAUCCAGUCAGAUCCAAGCUCCUCAAACGACUGUGGUGGGGAGUGAUCUUCAGAGACAGGAUCCUGUCAAUGGGGCUUCGCCGAUCCCUCCAAGUAGAGCUGGAACCUGCGUGGGCAGAGGGCGACAAGCAUGUUAUCACUGCCUUAGACUUCCAGAAUGAGCUUGGCAAGUCGCCAGUGCACGACACGGAGACACAGCUUCGCGUUGUGGAGGUCGUGGGCGCAACAUGUCGGCUCAUGCAGUGCCUGACAAAUGCCGGUCUCAUACUGUACCGUUACGAACACCUCGACGACCGCCUGGACAAUGUUGGGAAGUCGAUUCCUCAGACGAUCCAGGAUAUCAAGCGCUGUCUGGAGACAUUACGACAUUGGCAUGAUCAUGCCAUUCGACUAUUUCCAUUCCCGGUCAGCUUAGACGACGCCCCGGAGACAAUCUGCGUAUAUGCCAACAUGAUGUUCUCAUAUCAUGCAGCAGCAGUAUUCGGCCUGAACACAUAUCUCAUUUUGAUACGGGAAGUAUUCUCUCAAGCCAAAGCACUGUUUUCACUAGAGGAAGCCCACGAAGCACUCCAAGUGGCAAACACCGACGUGUCAAGGAGAACACAAGAGCUCGUGCAAGUCCGGCUCGUCAAGUAUCUUCCUAUCAGCGCUUCGGCUGUUCUGGCGCUGCCUCUGAUCCUGCAAGCAAUCAACGUGUCAGCUGCGAGAGGGUCAGGAAUGGAGGCCGUCGAGAGGCGCAGACUAGACGUCUUCACCCGGACGCUGAAAAGUCAGCAGCAGAGUUUCGAUGGCUCAGACUUUUGCGCAGAUGCUCUUGCCAACAUCGUGGCCUAUGCGCAGGACGAUUCGAAGUUUGUCAGCUCAAUGACGACCUGGCGCGAUGGCAAAGACACACAUGGUGGUAAUGCCGCGAACGGAAACGGUGCUCACAAGGUCCGGCUCGAUUGGGGCAACCUGGUUUAUAAGAGGCCAAGGCUGUUCCUGCGGCUGGUCUUGUAUCUAGACCAUGCUUUCAGCACCGGAGGUCCGCCCGGAGACGACGACUUUCCCGAGGUGUUGCAGAAAAGUGCGGUAUAA